AUGCUUGUUACCCAGCGUAACAGAGCCGGUCGCAAGUGGCUUCGCGAUGUCAAGCUUCUCCACAAAGUGCUGGACCCGUACGAGGAGGUGUACCACCCCCAGGUGGCUGGCCUCCCCGUGGCCGAGGAUGAUGACCCCGGGUUUGAGCAAAUCCCGGCUGUUAUUUGGCUUCCGGGCAUCCAGGAACCGAUGCUGCUCAACCUCUCGUGCCACUCAUGCAUGAUAUGCAGCAGCAACCACCGCUCUGCAGAUCACUCGAGCUUUGCCAUCAUGCGCAAGUCUCGCAUCAACAACCCUUUCCAGAUUACCGUGGCCCAGCUCCAAGCUGUCAACGGAAAAAAUCUGGGACACGGCCCAGAGCCUACGGCUUUCAAGGCGGACCCCGGGAUGUUUUUCAUCAGUAUCGACAUCGAGGUCGAAGUGUGGACUUGUGCCGUUUGCGACUACACCUGCGGCUGGGCACUCGACUCUGCAUUCCGCCACAUGAGCGACCCCUCUCAUGUGGCAAAGAUCAACCAGCUGGUCUCCUCUCGUACUCCUCUUGAGGAAUUAAGGGGCUCAAAGCCUUCGCUAUGCGGACUGGACAUCUCUUAUGAUUCACCGCCAUCUGUUCCCUCGUUUUACUUCGUGCAGACUCCCCCCGUGUCCUUGGCUGGCUGUUUUUCCGUUUUCUGCCCCGUGGAUGGGUGUGUUCCUACACACUAG